GCAGGAAAACGAGGUCGAGGGAAGUCGGGGAGCGUAAACAAUGAAUGGCGGACAACGACUCUUGCGGGCGCGGAGGCAGCAACGCGCCAUGUGGCAGACACUUGGCGCCCGCCUAAGUGCCUCCCGGCAACGACUUCCCCACAGAAGCUAUCGUCCGUCUCGACGCUUCACAAUUCCAGGCCCCGCCGCGCAAGCCCCUCCCCUCCCCUCCCCUCGAGCAGCUGGCGUCCGAAUUGCCGUCGUCGAAAGAGUCGGGCUUGUGCUUGGAAUUGGGCUUGGGCUUGGGCUUCGAUCGGCGCUAAUCCGAAGGCGCGAGCGAGCGAGCGAUGGCCAGAUAACGAGGAAGAAGCGGGCACCGGCGCGGAGGAGCGAGAGAUCGGAGCGGAGGAGGAGGAGGAGGAGAAGGAGGAGGAGGAGGAGGAGAAUCGCGUGGAGCUGGGGAGGCGGUGAAAUGGGCGGACCGUCGCUGGAAGAGAGGCCACCAUUGAAUGGCGUGGCGGAGUUCAUGACAUGGCUGAAGAGCACGCUGGCCGUGAGACAUAGCUGGGAACCUUCACCGACUGCGGGCGAUGGCGAGCGCUCGUCGUCAGCAGGAGGAGGAGGAGCAGCACCGUUCAAGGUGUCCGGGGCAAAAAAAGAGUCGAGCUCGCGGAAAGACCUGCCGCCCAUUUUUAGUACCAAGGUCAAGAACAAUGUUACGUUUUCCGAACGACAGAGGCUGAAGAAGAAGGGUUUGCCCGUGUCCGAAAAGAAUGCCAGCAGCCGCUUCGAGUCGCCCGCCCUCAGUAGCGACAGCUUCACCGAUCGCCAGAAGCUCCGCAAGCGAGGCACUUCUCUAUGCGACGACGCUGUGUCGUCCGAGGAGCUUUUCGAUUCCGUGGACCACCUGUUUCCCGGGGCCAUUCCUGAGAUCGAUUCCACCGAAUCCAUGAUGGCCAACAUCGAUACUCUGUAUUCUCAAGGCAAGGGUUUAGUGACUUCGGGAUUUUUCGAUCGAUCGGACAAGAGGAUCUUGGAGCAAUCCGCCGAACAGGCCUUGCAGGAGACCAAUUCCGAUAACGAGAAACCGUUCGAGAAUUUUGGUUCCAGCGAUGAUUAUGAUUCGCAGGUCGAGAGCGGUUCGCAACCUGCUGCCGGACGAUCCCGUUUCAGAGUUCGAAUCAAGCUCGGCAGCAAUGGAAGAAGAUUGCUCAGUGGAGCCAUCGCCGGAGCUUUCUCUCGCACUGCUGUGGCUCCAUUGGAGACGGUCAGGACGCACAUGAUGGUGGGCAGACACGGCAAGUCCUUCAAAGGCGUGUGGGAUUGGAUCAUGGAGAACGAGGGCUGGACGGGUCUGUUUCGGGGAAACACCAUCAACGUGAUCCGCGUGGCUCCCAGCAAAGCUGUCGAGUUGUUCGUCUACGACAAGGUGAAAUUUGCUCUCACGCCACAGGAAGGAGAGAAGUCGAGGUUGAGGAUCCCCGUUGCAUCGAUCGCGGGCUCAGCUGCGGGCAUCACAUCCACCGUGUUGAUGUACCCACUGGAGCUCGUGAAAACGCGUCUCACGAUCCAGCCCAAGGAGUAUCGGAGCAUCAGCAACGCGUUUGUGAGGAUCGUGAAGGAGGAGGGAUUCGGCGAGCUGUACAGGGGCUUGGGGCCGAGCGUGGUGGGCGUAAUCCCCUACGCCGGGACCAACUACUUCGCCUACGACUACCUGCGCUCGCUGUACAAGCAGCUGAGCCGGACGGAGCACAUCGGCAAUCUGCAGACGCUGCUGAUCGGCUCGGCCGCGGGCGCCAUCGCGAGCUCGGCCACGUUCCCGCUGGAGGUGGCGCGCAAGCGCAUGCAGGUGGGCGCCAUCCAGGGCCGCCUCGUCUACCGCAGCACGCUCGACUGUCUGGCCAGCGUGUUCCGCGAGGAGGGCCUGACGGGCCUCUACCGGGGCCUCGGCCCCAGCUGUCUCAAACUCGUCCCCGCGGCGGGCUUGUCCUUUAUGUGCUACGAGGCCUUGAAAUCCGUGCUUCUGGAGGAAGAGGCCAACAAGCCCAAGCCCAAGCCCAAGCCCCGGGCCAAGCGCAAGCAGCAGUGAGAUAGAUCCACUUUCAGAAACCCGUCAGCGCCAACUCAUUCUCAUUAUUAUUCGUUGCGGUGAAACGCGUCUAGAUUGUAGAUUUGUUAUCCGCAUGAUUGUACCAUAAUUUGACAAUCCUCGUAAUAUGACCGGUCCACUAUUCUUCAUUCUUC